AUGAUAAAAACUGAGUAAAAAUUAGAAUAAGGCUAUAAAGAGAGAGUUGAAUAAAUCUUAACUCUCUAAAAAUAGAAAAUUUCUUCCUUGUUAUGUCUGAAAGAUGCUUAGAGUUUUUAAGUCAAUUGCAAAAGCCUAUUAGCUCAAAUAAAAACUGAUUUUAUUUUAAUAAAAAAUGAGAGCGACUAAUUGUAAAAUAAAAACAUCAAUCAAUAGUUGUUAAAACUGUUGCCAGAUGCUUAAUUUAGAAUAUAUUAAGUUAUUAAUUAAACGGAAAAUCUAUCAGAUAUUUAAAAUCUACUUAACAAUUAUGAUGAAAAAUUAGAAUAAAUUAAUUAAUAUACGGAAACUUUCACAAAAUCUAUAACUUAAGAUUUCGAUGAUAAAAUCUUUGAUUUCUAUUCUUUGUUUUAAGAAUGCAAUGAUAAAUUCAUUACAUAAACUAAAAUAACUAAAAAAUAUUAUAAAUAAUAUAAAUAGAUGUUAAAUAUUUAGUUAGAUUUGAUAUAUUAAUAAUAUCCAAUUUUUAGAGAAACCGAAAUAAUAGCAAAGUAAAGUUUAUUAUUAAAAAAAUCAGAAGUUGAUAAUUUGUCAGCAUAAUAAAAUUAGUUGUAGUAAUAAGAACAGGAAAAUAUUAAUAUUUUUAUUUAAGAAUUAAAGGAACGAAGAGAUAAUUAUUUUAGUGAAAAGCUAAAAUCUUAAAUAGAUAAUAGUUUAUUUAACCCAGCUUAUUAAAAGAAAGAAUAGAUUGUUAUCAAUCUGAAAUUAACUAACUUUUUACAGUUUUUUUACUCAUUGUUUUUUAGUAGUUAAUUUGAAUAAGGCAUUAAAGGAGAUAAUGUAAAUGAUUCAAUAUGGUAGGAUAUUAAAAAAGCUUAUACCGACAUUAAAGAAAACAUUUUUGAAUUGAUUAAUCUGAAACCUGACCAUAAAGUAAGGGAAGGGUUAGUCUAUAAUUUAAUAAGGCUAUAACAUGGUGUAUAAGAAUAAUAGAUAAUUUCUUUUUGUUGUAAAUUUUAUCUUAUAUAUGGGUGUUUGAAAAAGAUUAAAGAGUGAGAAAUUUAUUAAAAAAUAAGGAAUUGAUUGAAUUUUAAAAACACCUUUUUUCUUAAACUAUGGAUAUUUUAUCAGGUUCAAUAAAAGAUGAACUUAAAGAUAGAAUGCAAAAAUUAGAAAAUUUAUAAUAAUAAAUGAUGCUAGAUAGAAAUCAAUAAAAAAGAGAGCAAUACUAAAUAUUGUUAAAGAAAAAUUAUAAUGAAUUAGAUGAAUCUUUGGACAAUAUUUCAGAAAUGUCAGAAGCUAUGAAUAUUAGUUUAAUACUGCUUAAAGAUAUCUCUAGAGAUAUAAAGUAAAUAAAGGUUUAAAUUGAUCAAUUAUAAGAUUGUAUAGAUUAAAUUGGUGAGGAUGUUCGUAAAUUAAGAGGAAAAAAUUAUUAAGAAUUAUUAACAAUAAGAAAAUAAAAAAUAUUAGAAUAAUCAAAAUUAUCAGAUAUAGACUCAGUUUAUGUUUAAUUGAAUACAAUUGAAUAUGAUCCUGCAACUGGUGAGAAAAUUCUCUAUGAAGACAAAGAGACAACUUAGUUAUUGGUGGAUUAAAGGGAUGAUCCAAAAGGAGAGGUUAAUGAAUUUAUUUGGGAAGAUGAAAUUUAAAAAAAAAAAGAAAAAAAUAUUCUAGCAAAAUAAUUAAAUAAUUAAUAUAAGAUUAGUAAGAAGACAAUAGAUAAAUUGAGACGAAAUAAAAAGAGAAAAAAGAUGUAAUGCUCAUUUCAGGAAAUGCUGGAUCUGGCAAAAGUAAAGCAGCUAGAAGAAUUGAAGAAUUUCUUUGGUAAUAAUAAGGAACUCACUCAAAAUGGAUUCCUAUCUUUGUAUCACUACCUACUUUAAAGAAUCCUAAGUAUAAUUUAUUUGAAUAGGCAUUAGAAUCUGAAAAUUAUUAAUUUGAUAAUUAUUAAAUUAGAGCGUUGA